GGUGAUAACCCGAAGAUCUUCCACGAGCUGCACCAGUACCAGUUCACGGUGUGGCCUGACCACGGAGUGCCGACUUACGCCUCACCACUGAUGGCGCUGAGGAACAGAGUGAAGGAACAUGUCACACCUGAGUCCGGACCCAUCAUUGUGCACUGCAGUGCCGGUGUUGGACGCACGGGGACGUUCAUCAUGCUGGACAUGAUGAUGGAGAUGUUCAAAGAUGAGGAGCAGGUGGACAUCUUCAACAAUGUGAACCAGCUGAGGGAACAGCGGAUCAACAUGGUGCAGACCUCGGACCAAUACAUCUUCAUCUAUGACGCCCUGCUGGAGGCCAUAGUGUGCGGGGACACCGCCGUGCCGUCAGACCAGUUCAGGAACAAGUUCCAGAUACUGAGGAAGCAGCCUCGCGGUGGGGGACCGUCCGAGCUGAUGAUACAGUUUAUAGCACUCCGCUCGCUCACCCCGAUUGUCAACCCCAAGGAAUGCCGAGAUGGCCGCGCUGCUGAGAACAGGAACAAGAACCGCCGCUCUGAUGAUCUUCCGUCUGACCGAGCUCGACCUUUCCUGAUGUCCCCCGGUGACGAGACUAGUACCAACUACAUCAACGCCGCCUUCAUCAAUGGCUACAAGCAGCGUGACGUCUACAUCGCCACCCAGGCCCCCCUCCCCAACACCGUCCUGGACAUGUGGCGUCUGGUGUAUGACUACAGGAUUUCGUCUGUCGUCAUGCUGAACGACAUGGACGACAACGACCCGACCUGUCCCCAAUACUGGCCCGACUCUAAGCAGUCCGUGCAGCACGGCGUGUUUCUCAUCCAGCAUGUGGGGGAGACUGUGGACGGACAUCUCAUCACCAGGACCCUCAGGCUUCAGAACACACUCAAGGACAAUGAAGCUGCACGCAUGGUGAAGAUAUUCCAGCUGACCGGUUGGCCAGGUGACGAGAAGACCCCGCCCUCCCCCUGCCAGACCGCCAUGAUCACUCUGCUGAGUGAGGUGGAGAGGUGGCAGCAGCAGACUGGGAACGAGCCUAUCGUCGUGCACUGCAUUGACGGAGUGGAGCGCAGCGGCGUGUUCUGUACCAUGGGGGUAGCCUGUGAGCGGGUGAAGGUGGAGCAGGUAGUGGACGUCUUCCAGGCGGUCAAGACUGUCCGGGCCUGUCGUCCGUCCAUGGUCAACAAUGUGGUGGCGUACGACUGCUGUCAUGAACUGGUGAUUGAGUACCUGAAGGGUUUUGACACCUACGCCAACUUCGGUUAGAAGACUCUCAUUGGACUCUCUGUCUAAACUAAAAACAAAGCACCAGGAAAACAUUUUGAUUUCUGUUAUUUUGCCGGCUUUGGAGCUUUCAUAGUACCUUUAGGCAUCAUUAUGGUCAUGAUUAUGAUUAUGAGAUUUAGUGAAAAGAUUUCAGACAUUUCAUUGACUAUAAAGUACCUGAACCAACUUCAGACAGUUACAAUGUAAGUAUGAGUCUCUAAAUAACAUCAGCAAUCAUCUACCUGAUAUCAUUAAGUCUUGCCUGUUGCAGUUUGUGAAUUAUGUUGCAAAUAGAUACAAGUGCUAAAUUUUAGUUCAUGGUUUAAGUACAACGUCUAAGUCAUGAUAUUGUAGAGGACUGACAUUUUCACGUCUUUUUCAAUAACACGUUAUCGUGCGUGUAAUGAUAGUUUGUUUUUGAUGAUGAUUUUACCGAUAAGCUACUCUGUAUUACAGACGGGUUAAGCUUUGGCUUGUUUUGGAUGCCCUUUUUUCAGAAUUUUCUCGAAAAAAAAAAAGAAAACCUGACAAAGUAAAUAACCCGACACAAACUGUGUCACUGACGAAAAACUACUUUUUGGCGUAUCUUAUUACCUGGAUGUCUAACCUUCAUCAACAUACCGAACAAAAACUGCUGAACAUUUGUCCAAAACAAGCCUGGGUAUAACUUGAAAUUGUAAAGGAAAGAAGCUGUACAAUUACAGCAAUAUUCAACAUGCUGUACUCUACAAUUUUAUUGUACAAGCAAUCGUAUUCUUACUGAUUUGAAAAGAUUUUGUGAUAAACAUACUAGUGCUUUUCUUCUGAAUCAUAAAAUCCCAUUGGUUUUACAAAGCAUGUCAGAGGCUUGUCAUGCAUUCACGCAAAUCAAUCUUGCCGAAAUGUUCUCUUUAGUCACUCGUAAUAUAAGGCGUUUGCUUAUCUGCUUCAAAAUAAACAAGGACGACUCCUUAAA